GCAGAAGCGCAAACAGAAGAGUAAAUGAGGAGGAGGUACGCCCUAAACAAGAAGUGUAAAUGAUAGUUGGCUCAAGCAAAAGUCUCUUCUGAAGAUGAAAUAUGGCAGCUAGAAGAGCCACAUCCUUCCAACGCUAUGGAAGUCUCAUGCGGAGUAAAUCUGAAGGGACGCUGAUUGAUCUGAAUGACAAUACUUCAAUCACAAACAAUGCAAAUGGUGGAUACGUGAAACAAGUAACACAAAACUCAGAGUGGCCACUUUUACAGCCAGAAGUUGCACUUUCAUCACAGUCGAAAAAUCCUUUCUGGAACAAACUGUCAGGAUCAAAUCCUUUCUUGGAUGAAAUUGUCCAGGGCAGUACGGACAAACACAUUUCUGACACAUCAAGUGCAAAACAAGACCAUGAGAAACAGGCGGCUACAAAUAAUGAUGACGCCAUCAGCACGUCUUCAGAUGAAGGCAAUGUAGGGAACUUUUUGGAGAACAAACACAAAGUGAGCAACCGAUCUGGGAGAUGGAGAAGUGCUUCAGACAUUCUGGAUGAUCUGGAGAGAAAAGAGCCAAAACGUGAGAACAGCUUCACACCACCUGGGCCAGUGCUGAAUCCAGAUUUCGAAUGGCUAAAGAAUGACAGAGAGGCUUAUAAAAUGGCCUGGCUGAGCCACAGGCAGCUCACACGCUCGUGUUUGGACUUAAAUCUGAUGAGCCAGAGCCCAGGGUGGGCUCAGACCCAGGCCUCCAACUUUCAGGUCAUAUCUAAGAUCGGCCAUGCUGGUGGCACAGUGCAAUUACCAGACUCUGAAAUCAGGAUCAUUAUUCCAGAGGGUCACGUUCCUCCGGGUGAGGUCCAAGAGGUUACACUAAAAGCAAUGCUUGAUCCUCCUCCUGGACUCAACAACAAUUACAUGACCACUAUGAGUCCGCUUCUAGAGGUGGUACUCAGCAACAUAAACACCAAGGAGCGCAUCUCUCUGGAGAUGAAGCUGUCUGGAGAGGUCAAGAGUGAUCCAACAAGUCAGGUGAUGACUACUGUGGUUGGGCUGGUGUCUAAUAAAAAAGAGGGACCUUAUUUAAAUGUAAAUGACUGUAAAAUUCACAAGAACAAGAUGCAGAUGAAGCUGCAGGACUUGAAGACACAUUUUUAUGUGGUUGCAGUUGCAGAGGCCUCUGCAAUCCAAGCCCCUGCUACAUCUGUUUGGGAUUACCUUGACCGCAAAAUCACAGUAGCAGUUUAUGGUCCCAGGUUCAUCCAUCCUUCAUUCAAGGUUGUCGUAGUUGUUUGUUGUCAUGAGGAUGUUCCACCCAAGCUUCCCUUUUCAGCAAUCUGCAAAGGGAACAAAAACCUGCCUCCACUUGUUCUGCAGCUUUGGGGAAAAAACAGUUUCAAACCAGACAAACUGAACAACCUGCAUGUUGGGAUAAACCUCAAAGACUCCAUGUUUAAAAUCCAACCUGAGGACAAACUGAAAGAAGUGAGACAAAGUCAGCUCAAAAUAGGCACAGUUCUGCAUCUGCCAGUUGCGUUAUCAUGCGCAAGUACAGCAGAAAUGACUCCUUUCAAACUAGAUCUAGAGGUGAAGGAUUCCAACUCAGCCACUGUUGCAAAUUUCCAGGUGCCUUCCCCUCCUGCAGCAUCUAUUAGAUCAGAAAAGCGAGUUCAGAAACCCUCAGACAAGCGAAUUGAUCUGGCAAGAACUGCACCUAUUCCUGAGGAAUCUGUUCAGGUUUUCCCCAAAUUCGCUGACAGACCUGUUAACCUACAGUGGUAUGGUGUAGCUCUGAAGUCAGUUCUCCGUCAGCCACGUGUAGAGUACCUUCUAGAGUACUUCAAGGGGGACACAGUGGCCCUCCUAUCCAGAGAGACUGUUAGAUCAGUAGGUAACUCAAAAGUCAAGGAGUGGUACAUCGGAUUCCUCCGAGGCAGGACUGGUUUGGUGCACUGCAAAAAUGUCAAGCUCAUAACCAGAGACCAAGUGAUCGACUACACCGGGAUUCAAAUCACCACAGAGGUCCUCUUGGACAACAUGACGCUGCCUUUCAGGAAGCUCACCUACAUGUACUCUGCCAUCCAGACACUGGUCACUGAACACAUCCCCAGCUGGAGAGGAUUUGCUGAUGCUCUGGGGUUUAGAAACCUGUCUUUGGACUCCAUCACACGGCGACACGCUGAGACCGAGGCAGAUAAAGUAGCAAGUGUACUGGAGAAGCUGAAGGAAGACUGCCAUGCUGAGAGGACCAGGAAGUUUCUGCAUGAGCUAAUGGUGGGCCUACUGAAGAUGGAUUCUGUGAAUCUUGCCGCCCAGCUGAUCCAGAACACGGUCAUUUUGUCCACUGCUGUGGAGCUUGGAGCUCGAUGGCGGGAGCUUGCUGAGAAGAUGGGAAAACUUUCCAGUGCUCAGAUAGCCGUGUAUGAAGCACCACAUCGAGGGAAGAGCGGAGAAGUUGGUUUGCAGUCAAUGUGGAAGCCUGCCUAUGACUUCCUGUACUCCUGGAGUCUGCGUUAUGGGGACAGCUACAGGGACAUGAUCCAGGACCUGCAUCUGGUGCUAGACAAAAUGAAAAACCCUGCCACAAGGCAGUGGAGGCAGCUGACUGGUGUCCUCAUCACAGUAAACUGUCUCGAUGUCUUUCGAACCUCUGCAUACCCAAAUUCCUAAAUCUUGAUGUAAAUGCACUCUAGUGAUGAGACAAACAGCCACACACUUGAGAAACACAGAGACAUGCUCUGUUCAUUGGCUGAUAGUAAGUAAGAAGACAUAGUGUUUUUAAUAACAAAGUGAAGAAAACAAUGAUGCGCCCUAAUGUUUUGUUUUUUCUUUGAGCAAAAAAGGGAGACCCACUAGUUGCUUAAGAAGUCUGAUAGUGACCCUACUUCUUUGAUUUAAAACCUCAGUUUACAUUUUCGGACCCUCUUUUUUUAAAUUCUUCAUAUGAAUGAAUCUGUAGGCAAACCCCAAGUUAUUUGGUAUUUGUAGUCAUAGAUUAUUUUAUUUUGCUGGUCAGCAGGCAUUGGCUGUAUUCAGGUACUUUUCUAGGGUCUCAGAUUACUAGUAAGGCUGUUAACAAUAACCGUUGCUGGAAAAGGAAGUAAUUGUCCCAAGUUAUAUUGUCUGGAUUGUUUUCAGAGAGUAGCUAAUGGGUUUUGACAUUUAGAUUUUCUUGAGUUACUGUUUGUAAUUUCAUCUUUAAUACAUCAUGUUAACUUUACAAUGGUGCCAUUUAAGCUAAAAUGGUUAAUAACGAGGAUGUGCUUUCAGACUUUCACCAUCGACUAAGAUAAAGGAGAGCACACUAUGUGUGUGUACCCUGUCAUCCAAGAUGGUGUUGGCCAAAACGCAGCACUGAAGGUUUCAAAUUUAGAGUUCACAAACAAAUGGAGAGAUGGCUACAGCAACUCUGCUAAUACUGUCUGAGCAUAUGUUACACUGAAAGGUUAUGAUGUUACAUUGCUCUUUUUAAUGCCUUAUGUGUUUAAUUCUUUAUUUAUACUUAUUGUACACGAUAUAUCUGAAGCAACUUUUUGAUAUUCACAAGGUACUUGCACUACAUUUAGAUCUCACUUGGUGAGUGCAUAAUAUUUUGUCACAAUUUUUAAAAUGUGAAGGAGUGUCACACCAUCUGUGGUUCAGUAGAAAUUGAAGAUGCACCUAUGGCUUUUCUCUACAUGUCUGAGAACAUGUGAUUAAGUCUGUAGGUGUACCAUAAUAUAGUUUAAAGUUUUAAGGUCAGUAGGUCAGAUGUCCUAGAUAUCACUCAUGUUGACUGUUGUAUCCAAAUCCAGAUAUUGCUUCCAUCUUUUAUGCACCAGUUACAUUUAUUGUCUCUAUGAAUCUGCACUACUGAGAAAAACAUGCUUCCUUUAUUAAUCCAUCAUUUUUAUUAAGAUCUGUAUAACCUGUACUAAUCCUGUGAAACUUUAUACCAGAGGGAAUUUUAGAUUGUAGUUUUCUGAUGUACAUUGUAAAAAGUUAAAGGCCAGGGUUGGUUUACUGAUAAAUGUGAACACUUUUGCUAAUUGACAAUGUCAGUAGUGGGGUUUCCAUCCACCAGGUUUAAUGGUUCACACAAAAAUGCCUGGAGAUGCUGCAAAUUAAAAAUACUCAAAGUAUCAUGUUUUUACACUUAGAGGAGGUGGAAAAGUUGUUAUAUGAAAAGAAAAAAUGUAACUUUUUUUGCAUUGAAAAAAACGUAAUAAAUAAGCAGUAAUGUCUAAUAAGCUUAAGUUAGCACCCAAGACUGCUACCAGAACUCUUUUGAGAGAAAAUACUGUAGAAAAAAAAAGAGAAAAGUUGUUCAAAAUUCCCUUCUCUCUGGUGAUUGCUUCUCUAGUUUCCAUGAUGUAGUCUGUUGGAUCGUAAUGUAACACAGAAUGGAGCCCUUUUCUUCUGCAAUGCACCAGCUAUUGAAAACAAGCAUAUAUACACAUUCUCUUUUUAAGAAUUUAUAAAAAUACAUAUAUUUUACAAUAAAUUUGGAUGGAAAUCUCACUUAUAGUUGCAAUACUGACAUUGAUCUUUAUUGAAGUUUGUGUGCUAAAGAUGAAAUUGUUUUACCAAAGGAGGUUUCCUGAUUCCUGUAAACAAACCAUACAGGUUUUACUGUGUAUGUGUCAUACUAUAGAGGAGUUCAGUGUGUUUAUUUUUAUACUGUGACAUUAUGUUGUAGAAUUGUAAAUAACACAUUAUUUCAUACUGUACCAUGUGAGAGUUACAUAUUAAACAUAAUGACAUUUA